AUGGUUAGGAGCUUUUACCGUCACCGGACUUCUUGUAAAUUCAAUUACGUCAAUCGGUGGAUAAAGUACCUGUUGUGUAUCACAAAUUUCUUUUUCAUGAUGGCUGGGGGAAUGCUUUUCAUUCUUGGGGUCAUUGCAUUUGCUGAAUCUGCUAUCAUUACCCAGAAGUCUACGAUUAGUCUCCUACAAUGGUUGUUUAAUCUCACUGUGAUUGUUAUUGGUGUCGGUUUUAUCACAAUGUGUGUUGCAUUUACUGGAUUCACAGGCUCCUUGCGAGAAAACCAAUGUCUGCUAAAAUUCUAUUACAUAUCACUAGCUCUGCUCUUUGUUUUUGAAACGAUUAUUGGGAUUUUCUUCUUUGUGUAUCGUGAAACAGCCAUAAAUCGUGCGGAAGAACUUGUGAAGAAAACGUUUAUUUCCCAAUACCGAGAAAUUGGUUUUGAGGAUUCAACAAGUUUUGUGGAUUUUAUACAAGUUGAGCUCCAAUGUUGUGGACCAAAAAGCUACAUGGAUUGGACAGAAAAUCGAUACUUCUCCUGUAAUGCUACGAAUAUCAGCUCUGAAGCCUGUGGGGUGCCGUUUUCUUGUUGCAGACGGAUGAAUAACAUUAACGAAAAUGUGAUCAAUACAUCGUGUGGACUGGGUGUGCAGAAUUUAUCACCUCCGCUCGCUGCUCCCGUUGUCUGGACGGUGGGAUGUGUUCAGGCCUUGGUCUCACUCCUGGAAGCCAAUGUUGUCCCGGUGUCUUGCGCUGUUUCUGGCAUUGCGGUUCUCCAGCUCUUGGCAAUUCUGCUGGCAAAAGCACUCUACACUCAGAUAGGCGACCAAUUACGACUUCUUCAACACGAAGGCAUCGUGUGUUGA